AUGGGUUCCAGAGGCACGGGUUCCAGAGGCGUGGGUUCCAGAGGUCCCACACGCCCAAAAGUCCCACACGCCCAAAAGUCCCACACUCCCAAAAGUCCCACACUCCCAAAAGUCCCACACUCCCCAAAGUCACAGACUCCCAAAAGUCCCACAUGCCCAACGUCCCACACCCCCAAAAGUCACAGACUCCCAAAAGUCCCACACUCCCCAAAAGUCCCACACUCCCAAAAGUCCCACACUCCCAAAGGUCCCACACGCCCAAAAGUCCCACACGCCCAAAAGUCCCACACUCCCAAAAGUCCCACACUCCCCAAAGUCACAGACUCCCAAAAGUCCCACAUGCCCAACGUCCCACACCCCCAAAAGUCACAGACUCCCAAAAGUCCCACACUCCCCAAAAGUCCCACACUCCCCAAAAGUCCCACACUCCCCAAAGUCCCACACUCCCAAAAGUCCCACACUCCCCAAAGUCCCACACUCCCAAAAGUCACAGACUCCCAAAAGUCCCACACGCCCAAAAGUCCCACACUCCCCAAAGUCCCACACUCCCCAAAAGUCCCACACUCCCAAAAGUCCCACAUUCCCAAAAGUCCCACACUCCCCAAAGUCCCACACUCCCAAAAGUCACAGACUCCCAAAAGUCCCACACUCCCCAAAGUCCCACACGCCCAAAAGUCCCACACCCCCAAAAGUCCCACACUCCCCAAAGUCCCACACUCCCCAAAGUCCCACACUCCCCAAAGUCCCACACUCCCAAAAGUCCCACACUCCCCAAAGUCCCACACUCCCCAAACACCAGGAAAGCCCACCGUGCCCCAGCAGACAGAGACGGAAGAGACGGACGGCUGA